AUGACAUCCACAGGGGCCUCCUUUCUACCUCGGCUUGAGUCUGUAUUCUAUGCCGUAUUCGAUGUAGAGCAGGGGCCCAAGAUUGUCUCUCAGGUUCCCGAAGCCCUGAUUGCCACCACCAAUCCAUCUGGGCAUGUCUCAAGCGGGUCAAGUACCAGCCUCCUCGCCCUGUCGCCGAUAUCUGUCGGAUCAUCAGGUUCACUCGCAGAUUUCGAUUUCCCGUCACGCACAUCCUCAAGCUCUCUCCUUUCUUCGCCCAUCUCCCAACGACUCGACCCCAGGACAAGUAUUAUCUCUCCGCACAAACGCGGCCCCUCGGCAAACCGUGCUCUGUUUCAUUUCGACGACAUAUCCAAGUAUGUGAUACCCCCCAAAGCGCUCUGUGGACGACUGGUCAUCUGCACAACGAAGUCGCACCGCAUUCUCGGAUUUCCCGUGCGGCUUGACGAUGAAGCGUAUCCCCGCAACUACUUCCUCUACAACGUUUGCUUCGUCUUCGAGCGCACCGCUGACCUCAGCUGUUACGAGCCUGUAGCAAGGAAAACUAGUCGGGUUCUUACCAGCUGCGAACAAGAGUCGAAGUUUCUGUCUUCUCUAGGCAGUGGGCCGGCCAUUCAUGCAAUCCUGGAACAAUUAUAUGAGGACCUCAACUCGUACUCUGAGACCUCUAUCCCGAUCGACCGUUUCAACUCGAUAGAGCUGAAGAUCUUCUCGUUCUAUCCAAACCCAUCCCCUGUGAAAGAUUGGACAGUGCCAUUGGCCCUCAUCGACCUUCCGAAUAGGAUCGAGCCCAACUGGGACCUCACUGUGGCUAAGGUAUGCCCUUUCAUCGACGGCAUCAACCACGUCAGCCGCAUUGCCAGGCUCGCCAAUUGCGACCUCAAUCUCACAAGGCUAGCCAUAUCACAUCUUCUAUACUACCAGGUCAUCAUGAUGAUCGACAUAUUCCAAUACUCGAACAUGUAUGCUCUCCGAAAGAGCAUGCAAUGGCUGGCAGACGAAGAGCAUAUCAAAGGAGAAUGCGGGCCCUACGUUACCAAACCUAAGCACGUCAUCCCUGACUGGCCAACCCUCCUCCACCUGUAUUCUCGAUUUCGGGCAGGCAAGACCGUCCGCGAGUGGAUGGAAGAGCACGGCGUGCACAAGCUCAACAUCGAUGUCCGCCGCUUCACCUCCUUCGGCGUCAUCAAAGGCUUCCUCCGCCGCGUCCACCGCUGGCCCAUCCUCCUCCACCGCAGCGCCGACGCCGAGCCGACUCCCAAGCAACCAUCAGCGCCCUCCACCGCGCAAGACAAACGCGCCUCGAUGGCCACUCUCGGCCGCCGCCGCGGGCUCAGCGAGUCCGCGACGGCCGCCCCCACGACCGAGUACAGCCCGCUCGCCCCGCGUGCGAUGGACACCGAGUCCCUGCGCGUCCGGAGCCGCGUGCAGGACGCGCAGCCGACGAUGGCGUCUGCGGGCGCGGAGCUCGUCGCGUCGUCAACGUCGGCGACGUUCGCGUCGGCGUCGGCGGCAGUGGGGCGUGGUGGGCGACAGGUGGCAGCGGGCGCAACGCUCGCACGGCGCACGAGCGCGGCGGAGAGCUCGCUCGCGCUCUUGCGAAGCCGGGAUGCGCGCGGGAAGCCAUCGCAGGACCGCGCGUACCAGACGAUGUCGAAACUGUAUACGCAUACGGAAACGCGGCGGAAGCAGACUAUGGAUAUCGCCCCAGUGGGUCCAGCGAGGUCGCAGGCGACGCACGUCUUUUCAGCAUCUCCCGACAAGCGAGAUUUGGCUGCAGACACAGUGGAUAGCGAGCAGUCAAGUGGUGGAAGGUCUACAGGCGGUGGAUUCGGAAGACGCGUGGCUCGAGAUACGCCGGAAAUGCAAGGCCAGGCGCAGUUCCCAUCAGACCUACUGGAGUUAUUGGAUGGAGAACACCAUACGGACGAGAUAUGUACCCGGUUCGAGGUUGGUUGGCCUGUCUUGAGGCAAUGGCUGUUUGCAGCUGGUGGAGCACAGGAAGGCGAUGAAGGAGACGAGGAAUAUGGGCAAAUCUCUAUAAUAUACAGAUGA